CAGCUCCAAAGUUGUAAGUACCUAAGUACCUAAGGUAAUCGUCACGAUAGUCUUAUUCACCCUUGGCCGGCAUAUCUGACAAUUGUCCCAGCCUGUUAAUGUAGGACUGCUUACAUCGUGUGAUCUUACUAUGGCCCGGCUUAUGCUUACACUGCCAGGUUGAAGUCGCCGUGAAAUAUGUGAGCUACCUCCCUCGCCUCCUGUAUCCUUUGCUUGCUCCAUCCAAGUGGUCCAGCUGAAAGUGCCGAGCCGACAAACGCGUCCAAUAGGGCCAAUAGGGCUGUGUAGAUCAUGUCUCGACAUGGGCUGCCCCUCCAGAAAUGCCCCUCCAUGACGGGACUUUGUACUUUGUCUGUCCUACUCGAAUGCCUGCCCUCGUGACGCAAGUUGUUGGGACUGACUGGUACGAGGUGACUGAGGCACUCUUUUCUAGCCCUGCUUACGUCAGUCUUCUACGGCCAUUGCAAUGUGAAAUUGAGCGACUGUCGCAGCCUUUGUUUCGUUACACCUAGCCCGCAAUUGAUUUCUUGUUUAAUAACUAGACAAACUUGGCGGCCCUGCUUUAGUUCUGAACUUGAGAUCCUGCCCCGCCUUUGUUGAAGGUGUUACCUUUGGUAACAACAUAACAGGACACGCCGCUUCACACUCUCUUCGUGAUUCAACAUGGACCGACUCUUGCGCAAGGCGGAGCAUGUGGUUAAAGAUCACAUACUCAAGGACUUUUUGGAUGACGAUAAAGAAGAAAACCGCCCUCAAGAGCACCGCCCUGAGUAUCACCCGGAGCAACAGGGGAGCGGGAGCCGGCCCCAAGAGCAAGCCCAUGGCAAGACGCCUGUAGAAAUCAGACCUGUCAACACCAACCACAGGUUUCAAUCUUUUUCACCUGAGACUUCCGGCAAUGCUAAGUGGUAUGUCGACGGCGCCUCCUAUUUCUGGGCCGUUUCAAUGGCUCUCGAAGAGGCACGAGAGAGCAUCUACAUUCUUGACUGGUGGCUGAGCCCCGAAUUGUACCUCCGGCGACCGCCUUCUCGUAAUGAAAGAUACCGCCUUGACAAUCUGCUGCGAGCUGCCGCCGAGAGAGGUGUAGACGUUAAUAUCAUUGUCUAUAAGGAGGUCACUCAGGCUUUGACUUUGGACUCGGCUCACACGAAGCACGCCCUUGAAGCACUUCAUCCAAAGAUCAAAGUCUUCCGGCACCCUGAUCAUUUACCUACCAGCAGGUCCAGAUUGCAGCAAGCUUUUGCAGGGUUGUCUUUGGAUAACCUGAAGAUGAACGCAUUUGGACUAUCGAAAAUUCCCGGCGAUGCGUUAAAGGAGCUUUACGGCUCAUUUGGUGACACUGUACUGUAUUGGGCUCAUCACGAGAAGCUCUGUGUCGUUGACCGCCAUAUUGUGUUCAUGGGCGGCCUUGAUAUGUGCUUUGGGAGAUACGAUACAAAUAGUCACCCAAUCGCGGAUGCCCAUCCAGGGAAUUUGGAUGCUAUCAUUUUUCCCGGCCAAGACUUCAACAAUGCUCGAGUAUUUGACUUCGAAGGUGUCGAUAAAUGGGACCACAAUCAGCUGGAUAGAGCUAAAAGCUCGCGAAUGGGUUGGUCUGAUAUCGCUAUUUCUCUGAGUGGGCCGAUAGUAAACAGCCUCAUCCAUCACUUUACUGACAGAUGGAACUUCAUAUUUGAUGAAAAAUAUGCCGAGAAAGACCCCGGAAAGUAUCGAAGAUUAGAAGAGCCAAAACAUGGAGAGAGUCAUGGUAAUGAAAGCCACCGUUUCCCCAUUCCUGAAAUGGGCGAGUUUGAACACCAGAUAAGCCGAGGGGUUCGACACUUUAUGGGAGGAGAAGACCGCAGGGAGCGAGAAGACGACGGCCACGAGCGUCGACAGGAGCAUCGACAGGAAGCUGGAAGGACCAAAAUCCAGCUCUGUCGUAGUGCCUGUGACUGGUCUUCUGGGCAUCCGACGGAGCACUCCAUUGCUAACGCUUAUGUUCAUGCAAUUGAGAGCGCCGAGCAUUUCAUCUACAUUGAGAACCAAUUCUUCAUCACGGCAACAGGGGAUAAGCAGUACCCCGUAGAGAACAAGAUCGGUGCUAGCAUCGUGUCACGUAUCGUCCGCGCUCACUCAAGUCGUGAGAACUUCCGCGUUAUAGUCCUCAUGCCUGCGGUCCCAGCGUUUGCCGGCGACCUGAAAUCAGACGGCGCGCUCGGCACCCGUGCUAUCAUGGAAUACCAGUACAACAGCAUCAACCGAGGCGGUAACAGUAUUAUUGAAUGCUUAAAGAAGAAUGGUGUCAACGACUGGCGACGCUACAUAGGCUUCUACAACCUCCGCAACUAUGACCGCAUCAACACCUCGUCGACGAUGCGUCAAGCCGAAGAGCGAAGCGGUGUCCGUUACGACGACGCCCGUCGCCAACACGACGACAUGGUGUACCGAGGAGACGGCCGCGGACAUCGCGAGGAAUACGACCGGUACCAGUCCGCAGCCUCCAGAGUCCCCGACCAAACUUGGGAUACAGUCAGUGCGUGCUAUAUGGACGGCGGUCCCGACAUCCGCAAAAUCCCAUGGCACGGCGACGAGGAAUCCGAGAUCAACGCCUUCGUUUCCGAGGAGCUGUACAUCCAUUCCAAAGUGCUCAUCGCAGACGACCGGCUCGUGAUCUGCGGCUCAGCCAACCUGAACGACCGCUCACAGCUCGGCACACACGACUCCGAGAUCGCCGUCGUCAUCGAAGACCAAGAUUUCGUCGAAAGCAGAAUGGACGGCCGCGCAUUCCGCGCCUCGCGCUUCGCGACGUCCCUGCGCCGCCAGCUUUUCCGCAAGCACCUCGGAUGGCUCCGCGACGAGCGCUGGGACCAACCGACGCGCAACUGGACACCCGUGAACCGGGACGCGCAGGACUACGACUGGGGCUCAGAAGCGGACCGAGCCGUCGAAGACCCUCUAUCCGACCGGUUCUGGCGCAGCUGGACGGACACGGCGCGCACGAACACCGAGGUCUUCAGCAAGGUGUUCCACAACGUGCCGAACGACCACGUGCGCACCUGGGCCGACUACGACGAGUUCUUCAGCCGGCACUUCAUCAUCCCCGGCUCAGAGCUUAGCGAGGAGAAGAAGCGCGGCCGCGUCGACUACGGACACGUCGUGCGCUCGGAGUUCGGCGGCGGCGCGGCCGAGGUCAAGGAGUGGCUGUCGCGCGUCCGCGGGACCCUGGUCGAGAUGCCGCUUGAUUUCCUCAUUGACGUGAAGGACCUAGCGAAGGAAGGGCUGAGCUUGAAUGCGUUCACUGAUGAGCUGUAUACCUGAUUUUCCACGACUUGUUGGCUUGUGAUUACGAUACGCAGGGCUGAAGAGAUGAUUCGAUAGAAUUGGAGGCAAAAAAUGUAUUGGAUCUCUUAUGGUACCUAGGGCAACUUGUCUACUUCUUCUCAACUUCAGAAUAUGAUGCACUUGUUAGGUUAGUCGAAUGAUUACUACGGAGUACUUGUGAGUCUCAUUAGCGUCGCCAGUCUAGAUCCGUCCGUUAUCUCGAAUAAUACGGACAAGUGAACAAUUAGGUCAUACUCUACACAGACCUCAUAACUACACAAUCAUCUCUUAACAACUAGUCUAAAUAUCUAAAUUUGCUUCAAAUCGGCUAGUGGUCGAUUCCAAGGGUCAAAGAAUACGCAUGGCAUUUCCAGAACUUGCUUCGAAACAUCAGCUAAUACCAUCAGACAAGG